AUGUAUGCCAAUUGCCGCGGGCUUGAUCACAUCGUACGAUCUCCACACAUCCCUAACCAAUAUCGUCCUAUAUUCGGGGUUCGCGGGCUUCAGUGGAGGCAUCGGCUUCCAAGCUCCCCAGGCGGCUGUUCAGACAACGUUGAGUGCCGCAGGUGUCAAUUUUGGGAUCGGGUCAUCUUAUUUGGGCGGAGUAUGGGCCCAGCGGUGUUUAUCGCCAUUGCGCAGGUUAUGUCCACGAAUCAAUUGUCGUCCAGUUUGGCAGAUGUCGUACCAGGGUUGACACCUACGUAUAUUGAAGAGCACGGACUUGGCGAUAUUAAGAAUGGGGUUCUUAUACAGCGGUGGGGCGAGGUCUUGGGUGUCGUAUUGGCCUGUCUUUUGGUUGAAUGGCGCUCUGUUAAGCAGAAGCAGUCGUGA